CCCUCUCACAAUCCUUAUCAGUUCACUGUCUGGUUGGCCUGUCGCCAUAUCUCCUAAUUCGCCCUCCCUUCCUCGUCCUCCCUUGGUAGGGAGGUUCAACAGUCCACCUAGCCCCCGUGUUUCAGAGCAUUGCGGCAGCUCCGUGAUCUACAGGGUCGUAAGGUCAGCCAGCCGUUAUGGUUGAGGACAGCAGUGCGGGGGAGCCUCUCCCGCCGUCGACCGCGCCUUCCGCCAGUCUCGAUGCGCCCGCCUCGUCCGACAGCUCCCAGCCACUCCUCCCCCCGGACACCGCGGAGGCUCCCGCCACCAGCGCUUCCGACACUGGGGCCGACUCGGGCGCUCCCGCUGCUGCCGCUGCUCCCGCGGCUGGUGAUGGCGAAGGGGCAAAGGCGCCGGGGUGGAAGUGGCGGGACGCCCUGCUGCCGCUGCGGGCGGGGCUGGGGGACUUCGACUACGACGCGAAGCACCACUCCAAGGAGGACCAGAGCCGUUGGCGCAAGAUGUCGCUCGUGCGCAACGCCGCGCGCCGCUUCCGCUACACGCACAACAUCUCGCAGCCCGACCCCCGGGAGUUGGUGGUGAAUCGCCUGCGAGUGGGCGCGUCGGCGAUCAAGGCCGUCACGCGCUUCAAGUCAGUGCUGUCGCGCAUCUCGGACGCGGCGGUGAAGGCGGCGCGCGCGGACGGGUUCGGGCUGUCGGCGAAGCAGCUGGAGGGCAUCAUGGCGGGGCAGGACGCGGCGGCACUGCAGAGCUCGUACGGCGGCGUCGAGGGCAUCGCGCGGCGCCUCGACACGGACCCGCACAACGGCAUCACGGCGACGGCGGAGGACGUGGCACGGCGCGUGAAGGUGUACGGCACCAACACGUACCCCGAGAAGCCGCCCAAGACCUUCUUCGAGUUCGUCUGGGACGCCAUGCAGGACAUGACGCUGUGGAUCCUGGCGGUGUGCGCGGUGUUUUCGCUGCUCGUGGGCAUCGUGACGGAGGGGUGGCAGGAGGGGUGGUACGACGGCGCGGGCAUCCUGCUCUCCAUCCUGCUCGUCGUCUUCGUCACCGCCACCAGCGACUAUCGCCAGUCGCUGCAGUUCCGGCUGCUGGACGCGGAGAAGAAGAAGGUGACGGUGGAGGUGGUGCGCGGGGGCGUGCGGAAGGCGCUGUCGGUGUUCGACCUGGUGGUGGGGGACGUCAUCGUGCUCUCCACGGGGGACAUCGUGCCCGCCGACGCGCUCCUCAUCCAAGGGCACAGUCUGGUGGUGGACGAGUCGAGCAUGACGGGAGAGAGUGUGCCGGCGUACAAGGGCAAGGAGGCGCCGUUCUUCCUGGCGGGCACCAAGGUGCAGGACGGCCACGGCACGGCGCUCGCCACGGGCGUGGGCAUGCACACGGAGUGGGGCCAGCUCAUGGCCAAGCUCAGCGACAGCGGCGACGAUGAGACGCCGCUGCAGGUGAAGCUGAGUGGCGUGGCGACGCUGAUCGGGCGUGUGGGGCUGUACGUGGCGCUGCUGGUGUUCUUCGUGCUCAUGUUCCGCCUCCUGCGCUCCACCUCGCUCUGGGACUGGUCCUUCCACCACACCCUCGAGGUGGUGCAUUUCUUUGCCAUAGCGGUGACCAUCGUGGUGGUGGCCGUGCCCGAGGGCCUGCCCCUGGCGGUGACGCUGUCCUUGGCGUUUGCGAUGAAGAAGAUGAUGCGCGACAAGGCGCUCGUGCGCAAGCUGGCGGCGUGCGAGACCAUGGGGUCCGCCACCACCAUCUGCAGCGACAAGACGGGCACACUCACGGCCAACCAGAUGACCGUCGUGCAGACGUGGCUCAUGGGCUCCGUGCACGUGCUGCCGCCCCAAGACCCCACUGGUGCUCCCGCCCCCGUGGAUCUCGGUCUGCCGGAGUCGCUGCGGGCCUCGCUGCUGCUCAACUUCUUCCUCAACACUAGUGGUGACGUGCAGCCCCCUGCGCCAGACGCCCCCCCCAGCGCCGCCCCAGUGCUGCUGGGCACGCCUACGGAGCAGGCCAUGCUGGCUCUCGGGCUGCGCCUGGGCGGCGAGUGGGCGGCGGUGCGCGGCAGCGUGGAGGUGCUGAAGCUGCAGCCGUUCAACUCGCAGCGCAAGCGCAUGGGAGCCGUCGUGCGCCUGGCGGACGGCACCGUGCGCGUGCUGUGGAAGGGCGCCGCUGAGAUGGUGCUCGCCACGUGCUCCCAGGUCGUCAGCAACGCUCAGGGCGUGGUGGCGCCUCUCCCCUCCGGGUCGCUGGACAGUGUGGUGCUGGGCUUCGCGGACAACGCGCUGCGCACGCUCACCCUGGCGUACCGCGACCUGCGGCCCGACGAGGUGCCGGAGGGCGGAGUGUGGGGCGACCGGGACGAGAUUCCCGACAACGACCUCGUGCUGCAGGCCGUGGUGGGCAUCAAGGACCCCCUGCGCGCCGAAGUGCCACUCGCCGUGCAGACCUGCAAGACCGCCGGCAUCGUGGUGCGCAUGGUGACGGGCGACAACCUAAACACGGCCAUUGCCAUAGCGCGCGAGUGCGGCAUCCUCACGGAGACGGGCGAGGCCAUCGAGGGGCCCAAGUUCCGCCAGCUCUCCAAGGAUCAGAUGAUGGCGCUGCUGCCGCGCCUCCAGGUGAUGGCGCGGUCGUCCCCCACGGACAAGCACACGCUGGUGAGCGUGCUGCGCGAGAUGGGUGAGGUGGUGGCCGUCACGGGCGACGGCACCAACGAUGCGCCCGCACUCAAGGAGGCCGACAUCGGACUCGCCAUGGGCAUUGCCGGCACCGAGGUGGCGAAGGAGAGUGCGGACGUGAUAGUGAUGGACGACAACUUCUCGUCGGUGGUGAACGUGGCCAAGUGGGGGCGCAGUGUGUACGCCAACAUCCAGAAGUUCGUGCAGUUCCAGCUCACCGUCAACAUCGUUGCCCUCGUCACCAACUUCGUCUCUGCCUGCACCACCGGGUCGGCCCCUUUGACAGCGGUGCAGCUGCUCUGGGUGAACCUGAUCAUGGACACGCUGGGCGCGCUGGCGCUGGCCACGGAGCCGCCCGACGAGGAGCUGAUGAAGGUGGCGCCGGUGGGGCGGCGCGCGCCGUUCAUCAGCGCGGUCAUGUGGCGCAACAUCAUCUGCCAGGCGCUCUUCCAGCUUCUUACACUCGCCGCCAUCAUGGCGUGGGGCCCCUGGGUGUUUGGCUUCGCGCACGCGCCUGAUGCAGCCCAGCGCCUCGACACUGUGGUUUUCAACACGUUCGUGUUCUGCCAGCUGUUCAACGAGGUGAACUCGCGGGAGAUGGAGCGGGUGAACGUGGUGCAGGGCAUGGAGAAGAACGGCAUCUUCCUGGGCAUCCUGCUCGCCUCCACUGCCUUCCAGGUGCUGCUCGUGCAGGUGCUCGGCAAGUUCGCAUCCACCGUGCCGCUCACGCCCCUGCAGUUCAUUGCGUGCAUCCUGAUCGCGUCGCUGAGCCUGCCGGUGGCAGUGGCGGGCAAGAUGAUCCAGCUGCCCAAGCAGCCCGUGCGAAUGCUGCAGCAGAUGUCGCUGCACUACCGCGACGUCGCACAGGACUUCAAGCAAAAGCAUCAUGCAGAGUAGCACGGUGGGAGGAGUGGUGGAUGGAUGGGCAUGUGAAAGGGAGGUGGGCUGGCUGCUACAGUGAUCUUGCACAGCAGUCAGAUGGACGUGUGAAAGUGCCGCAUUGAGGUUUCAUUUCAGAGCAGGAUGGUUGGCCCGGCUGGCGAUAUUUAUGCAGCGUAUGAGAUGGGAGUCAUCAUCACUCCAGAUUUUUGGGAGGACAAGAACUCUCUAGGAGUAGGUUCACGUAGAAAGGUUGUCACUGUGCGCCAGCCAGGAGCUUGGGAAUAAAUCAUGCAUGAUCCCUUCGUAGUUAGCUUGUGUCUUGUUCUCUUUAGUGACAACGGUUCGAGAGUUUAGAGCAGAGGAAGGCAUCACCAUAUUGCGUGGAAUCUUUUGGCCUUACAGUUUUCUUAUGACGAAUUUUUGGUUGCAUAGAUCCACAUAGACUCCUCGUCGAAGUGGAUGUCGUUCCACUGGAUGGAGACGAGGUCGGAGUAGCGGAGGAAUGCCGCGAACAUGAGGAGUGGGAUCAGUCCUUUCUGAUAUUCUGCCGGGCUGCUCGACUCAAGGAAGGGGUGUGCCAUGGCGUGCACCUGGUGGAGCGACAAGGGUUCCUUCGUCCUGGUGGUGCACGGGCCGUGGCGUUUGGAGAAUUCACGAACUUGUGAAGUGAAAGGCCCGCUAGUGGGAGAGGGUUCUCCGGUCAUCCGAUGUGCAAAUGCGACGGCGGAGCACGUAAGGGAUAUGGCGGAUACUGUGGCCUGAUUGUUGAGGGCAUA